UUAGGACGGAGGUUCUUUAUCCUGAUGAUUUUUGGUCUUGUUAGCUUGCCAUACAAACUGAACUUCCGGUUUGCGUCUUUCUCACUUUAAUUGAACCAGGUGUAUGUCAUCAUGUCGGCUGAUUUUUUUUCUUUUUUCAGUUUUAGAAUACAUUUUCUUUUCCUCUCUUAAAGUUCCUGUUUUUUUUUAAUCAAGUGAUCUCCCACACGGCUCCUGACAAAGUGAGCAUCCAACUCGCGUUUUUACAACAGAAGACCCUCCUGAAACAAACAUGGCCUCUCAGUGGAAAAUUCCGAGCAACACGAAAAAUAAAAGCACUACUAUGUCUGACACAACUUCAUAUGAACUGUCCAGAGUCGUGGAAAGCAUGAACAGCCUGAGAAAAGAGGGUGCGUUCUGCGACGUGACCCUGGUUGUUCAGGGGAAACGGUUCUUGGUUCAUAAAGUGAUUCUGGCAGCAGCCAGCCAGUUCUUCCGUCUUCUGUUUAGCACCAAUAUGAUGGAGUCUGGGAAGGAUGAGGUGGAGCUGAGGGAAAUUUCCUCUGACAUUGUUCAGCUAGUGAUUGGUUUCAUUUACACGGCGCAAGUUUCGGUGAACAACGGCAACAUGGAGGCUCUCCUGUACGCAGCCGACUAUUUCCAUAUCAAUCCCAUGAAGAACGUUUGUGUGGACUUCAUCAAAAGACAGAUUACUACAACCAACUGCUUGUAUAUUGCAGUCCUUGCAGAACGUACAAACUGUCCAGGGUUGAAGACCAGAGCAGAGAGCGUCGUCAGACGCAACUUUGCCACCGUCUGCAGGACCAAAAGAUUCCUCCAGCUCGAUGUGACUACACUUACUCAUCUGCUGCGUCAGGAAAAGCUUGAUGUUUUUGGUGAGGAGGAGAUCUACAAAGUGGCGUUGCAUUGGCUGAAGCACGACCUGUCCAGCAGAAAACAGCACAAAGUGGAGGUGUUGAGCUGCGUCCGUUUCCCGCUGAUCUCUAAAAGCUUCCUCUUAAAGACCGUCCAGGCCGAGCCGCUCCUUCUGGACAGCCUGGAGUGUGUCAAAAUGCUCUUAGAGGGGUUCCGGUACCACUUUCUUGGCCCACAAGACCGCUUGAACCUGGGAGCAAUCAGUCGACCCCGGCAGCUGAACAGCAACAGAAUUGCUGUGUUUAAAACUUCCUGGCUGUCAUCCUGCUGUUUCUUCAACCCAAAGGACAACAGCUGGACAGAAGUCCGCUGCUCUUUUGAGCCUCGGCAGGGCGGUGUUGCCGUCUUCUGGGAUCGUGAGGUCUACAUCCUGGGUGGGUCAAGUUGCUCGGGUCCGACGAUGCACAUGGACUGCUACAACAUCAACCUGGACUUCUGUUACUCCAAGCUAAGGAUGCUCUCACCUCGUAGCAACCUGGCUGCCUGCUCCAGUCGGGGAAAGAUCUACACCUCAGGCGGAGCCACACAAAGUGAUGAAGGCUUGACUGCUCUCGAUCUUUUUGAGUCUUAUGACAUCCGAUCAGAGUCGUGGCAGGUUGAAACCAGCAUGCUAACGCCCCGCUGUCAGCACGGGUCUGUGGAAGCUGACGGGCUUAUCUAUGUUUGUGGAGGGAGGUUGAGCGAUGGCCGCGUCCUCGACAACUGUGAGGUGUACAACCCCUCAACAAAGGAAUGGACAAGGAUGUGUGCCAUGAGGGAGGCGAGGAAGGGGCACGGCCUGGUGGUUGUUGGAAACCGGAUCUUUGCUGUUGGAGGUUCAGGCCCACAAGGGGGGCUAAGGUCAGUGGAGUACUUUGAGAUUGGCUCUUCCACGUGGCGCAGAGCCACGCCGAUGCCACGUGCCGUGCACACCGUGAAGUGUGCAGCGGUCGGGGAUGUCAUCUAUGUCCUUGCAGAGAGUUGCAUGUCCACGCGUCUCAGGAACGUUCUGGAGUACCAGGUGAAAGUUGACAGGUGGGAGUUGAACCCUAAGGCCAAACAUUUACCCCAUGAAGACUUCCUCAUCUGUGCUGUCAGGAAAUGAUUCCUCAACCGCCCGUCUGUCCGUCCAGCCUGCUCUGCUCGCAAGAUGUUUUAAAAAAGCAUUAACAGAAUUUAAGUGUUUAUUUAUUGUAUUUUAUGUUCUUAUUGUGACAUUUUAAUUGUAUAAAUGUUUUCUUAAUAAAAGUUAAUACUUUCAGUGGCUUAAAGUGGGGGAAAAAUGCAGGAAUAUUUUAGUUUUUACAAUUUUGAUAGUUGAGAAUUGUAAUAACUUUAAAAAGCCAAUUUUCCCUUUAAAAUAGCAGACAAAGGAACAACUCAAGUUUAAGAUGUUUUCACUUUGUAUUUAGAAAAAUUUAACUGAAACUAAAUUUUUCUGGACACUUUAAAUUAAUCCAGUAAGAGGACGUGAAUUUAUUCA